CUGGCUGAGAAAAUUAUGUGCAAAACUCUUCAUUAUUUUGUGAAAUUUAUCAAAACUCUCCUUUAAUUAAGUAGUUUUUGGACAAAACCAGACAAUUUAAAGUGAUAUCUCUCUUUGUGCAAUGGAAGUUUUACCAAUCAGUGCUUAAUUUAUCCAGAAGUGCAGAAAAUCAAACCCCGGACAGCGACUGUUUUUGUUUCUGUGGUGCCGGUCCUCGCCUUGCCUCGCCACACCCCGCCCAUAAUGGCAAACGAUCGGGAAAUCCUUCGUGAGAUCUGGGAGGGCAAAAUCCCGGUUCAGUUCCAGCUGGCGUCGGACGAAACCGAUGUGGAACCGGAGCAGUUCUUCCUGCUGAUUCCUCGCUUGAGCUACUUCCCGCUGGUGUCGGACAAGGUGCGGAAGCAUUUUCUCCGGUUCGUGUCGAAUGAGCUGCAGGAUGGGGAGAUGUGGCUGGACAGCAAUGGAACUCCGCUGAAGUGGCACUACCCGAUCGGGUUGUUGUUUGAUUUGCUGGUCGGUGGGGAUGCCAUUCUGCCGUGGUUGAUUACGGUACACUUUUCGAAGUUUCCGGAGGACGUGCUGUUCCGGUGUCCUAAUAAAGACAUAGUUGAGGCCCACUUUAUGUCCGGUCUAAAGGAAGCGGACGUGUUGAAGCAUCGGGGACAGGUGGUUUCAGCUAUGCAAAAGAAAGACCACAAUCAGCUUUGGUUGGGAUUAGUUAAUGACAAGUUUGACCAAUUCUGGGCCGUCAAUCGACGACUAAUGGAGCCUAUUCCGGACCAGGACGGCUUCAAACACAUUCCAGUUCGAUGUUAUUCCGAGGACGGUUCCUAUCAGCAAAAGCUAGUCGCACCGAGCACCGAGACGGGCCAGAAACGCACCCUCCAGGAUCUGUUGGAGGACUUCUCGACACCUGUCCGGAAAGCAGUGGAAGCCCGAACGCAUGGAGUCACAGUUCCGGCCACGACUCCCCUACAGUGGCUCUCCGAGCACCUCAGCUAUCCGGACAACUUUCUGCAUCUCUGCUUGAUCUACGGUUAAGUAUCUAGACUACAAAUAUGCCUCGUUCUACUGUUUAGAAGGUAAGCAUUCAGGUGGUUCUCGUUUAGGCCCAUGGAACUAUAUUUCCAAUCGUAGCUUGUAAUAUGACCAUUGUUCUUGCUUGGAAAAAAACAUUGACGUUACGGUAGAAGAUAGUGGACGCUAAAUCGCUUUGCAUUCGUAUAUUUGUAAGGGAAAACAACUCAGUGGGAAGUAUGUAUUAAGUUUAUAUGUCUGAAUUGCAUCCUAGUCUUUAUUACCUUACAUAUUUCAUUACAUAAAUUUGCCUCUUAAGCUGACCGUAUCUGAUGGGUCUCAUGACGAUACAUGGAUAAAUAGUGACGACAAACAUCAAA